CCCGCUGAUCCCGGCGGCGCGGAGCAGAGGCGCUCGGGCUCGCGGGGCGCGCGGCCGGGCACGGUGAGGCCGCGCCGUCGACCGCGAGCCCGGAUUCGUCCGGCGCCGACACGACACGCUGACCGUGCGGCCUCCUCACCCCAACCGGCCGCAGGCGGCGACACCUGCUCCGCGGAUCGGAGCGCGGGUGAGCGAGGGCGAGGGCGAGGGCGAGGUUGCUUGCAGUGUUUGAAUGUGGAGAAGCUAUGACUUCCUGCGCGCCAUACCUCGUGCUGCUGUGCGGCGUCCUGGGCGUGGCCAGGGCCGCCCACAUCGUCAUCGUGCCGCCCAUCAUGUUUGAGAGCCACAUGUACAUCUUCCAGACGCUGGCGGCCGCCCUGCACCAGAGGGGCCACCGGCCGGUGCUGCUGCUGUCGGAGGGCCGCGAGCUGGCGCCGUCGCCGCACUACGGGCUGCAGCGCUACCCCGGCGUCUUCAACGGCUCGGCGGCCGACGCCUUCCUGCAGGCCAAGAUGCGCAGCAUCUUCUCGGGGACGCUGACGGCCAUCGAGCUGUUCGACAUCCUGGACCACUACGUGCGCAACUGCGACCUGGUGCUGGGCAACCGCGGCCUGGUGCGCGCCCUGCGCAGGCAGCGCUUCGACCUGCUGCUCGUGGACCCCAACGACAUGUGCGGCUUCGUGCUGGCGCACCUGCUGCGCGUGCAGUACGCCGUGUUCUCCACCGGCCUGUGGUACCCCACCGAGGUGGGCGCGCCCGCGCCGCUGGCCUACGUGCCCGAGUUCAACUCGCUGCUCACGGACCACAUGGGGCUGCUGCAGCGCAUGAAGAACGCGGGCGUGUACCUGGUGUCGCGGCUGGGCGUCAGCCUCCUCGUGCUGCCCAAGUACGACCGGCUGCUGCGCAAGCACGGCCUGCGGCCCGCCACGUCCAUGCACGAGCUGGUGCGCGGCCCCAGCCUCUGGAUGCUCUGCACCGACGUGGCGCUGGAGUUCCCGCGGCCCAGCCUGCCCAACGUGGUGUACGUGGGCGGCAUCCUGACCAGGCCCGCGCGCCCGCUGCCCCCGGACCUGCAAAGCUGGGUGAGCAGAGCUGGUGAACACGGCUUCGUCCUUGUGUCCUUCGGAGCGGGGGUCAAGUACCUGUCAGAGGACAUUGCCAGCAAGCUGGCUGGAGCUCUGGCCAGACUGCCCCAGAAAGUGGUUUGGAGGUUUUCUGGGCCCAAACCGAAGAAUCUGGGGAACAACACGAAGCUCAUGGAUUGGCUCCCGCAGAACGACCUGCUAGGCCAUUCGCACAUUAAAGCCUUCCUCAGCCACGGCGGCCUGAACAGCAUCUUCGAAGCCAUGUACCACGGCGUGCCUGUGGUGGGCGUCCCGCUGUUUGGGGACCAUUACGACACGAUGACCCGCGUGCAGGCCAAAGGCAUGGGGAUCCUGCUGGAGUGGAAGACGGUCACCGAAGGGCAGCUGUACGAAGCCCUGGUGGAGGUCAUCAACAACUGCAGCUACCGUCAGCGCGCCCUCAAGCUCUCCGAGAUCCACAGGGACCAGCCCGGGCACCCGGUGCAGCGGGCCGUGUACUGGAUCGAGUACGUGCUGCGCCACGGCGGGGCCCCCCACCUGCGCGCCGCCGUGCACCAGCUGUCCUUCUGCCAGUACUUCCUGCUGGACGUGGCCGCCGCGCUGCUGCUCGGGGCCGCCGCGCUGCGCCUCCUCCUGCGCCGGGGCGCGUCGCUCCUCUCCAGGACACUCGGCCGCUGCUGGCCCGGACGGCGGCACAGCGCCCUGAACGGGCACUGCCAGAACGGGGUCGUCAACGGCAAGUGCGACAGGAACGGCCACGUGACGCAGGAGAAGAAGGUGAAGUGAGCCGGCCCCGCGGGCCUGUGCGGUCACUGCGGGCGGGCGUCCCGCUCCACUUAGUCUAACCGCUGCCGAGGUGAAGCCAGCACCGUUCUAACGCGCCCUUAGCUGACCUACUAAUGGAAUUCUGCGGAGUUCCGGUGCCGGCGGAGCACAGACCGGAAUGCAGACGUGUGUUUUGUUCCGAGACUCAUGCAGAGUUUGGCACUGAACCUGUUAGAAGCCUUAAUCGUUUAAAUCAACCAAGUGACCGUGCUCGGCCUUAGUUUAAGUUUUGAUACGUGCGUGUCCCACAUGAGGAGGAAUGUUUUCUUUCCUCUUGCAAAGAUGUGCGUGCGUGUGCGUGUGCGCGUGCGCGUGUUUCCUAACUAGGGGAUUUUUAUCCACUGCUUGGUACAUUAUUGAAGGUACAAGAAGGAAAAAGAAAGGCAGUUAGGAUCCAAGUGUCUCUCUUCCAGAAUUUCAUGCGUGUGAACUCAGGACACUACCACGAAAAAACACAUUUCCCUCCAAACAACGCAGAGGAAGAAAAUGAGAAGAAUGACACUGGUUUUUGUACUCUUGGGUUUUUUGUUUGAGUUUUUUUGUUUGUUUUUUUCUUUUUGUUUUCCUUUUCUUAUGGACUAUGGACACUUCUGGGGGAAAAUAUACAAUUAAGUAUGUGUAUAAAUUGGUUGUCACAUUUUACUUUGUUUUUCACCAACCAAGAAUUUGCGUCUGGAAGAA